AUGAUUCGCAGUCCGGCCGUGGCCUUGAGCCUGGUCCUGGCAGUGACCGUGGUUCACCUGAAUUCCUUACGUUUCGCCGAGAAGAUGCGCGAUGCGGAUAUCAUCGAGCCCACCAUCCCAGAGCACCUCGUGGUUUGGGACCCAGUCGAGGUCAACUUUACCCGCCGAGUGCGCCUCGACGACAGCGGUCGCAUUUACACCAUGCGCACCAUGGCCACCAAUCCCCCCAUCUUUGGAAAUUUCUUUCGGAACCAAGGCUGCCUCACACUUGUUCUAUGCUGGUCCACAGAAAUUGAGGAUUUUCUUACCGGAGAGGAAUGCGAAACCAUCCUGUCCCUGGCCGGCAAGCAAGGUCUCUUCAAAUCUGACCACACCUACUUGGAUGGCAGCAACUUAGCCGAGAAAGACAAGGACACAACUCAGCUGUCUGAGGAUGAGGCCAACAACUUGUUUCGCUUCAGUGAUCAAACUUGGCUGGCCCAUGAUAGCCAUCGUCAUCUGCGCUCCAUGUAUCGUCGCCUCCAACGCUUGGCCCGGCUGCCCGAUCAUGUCAUGCCCCAGGUGGAGCAAAUGCAGGUAGUUCGUUACAAUCGCCACGGUCACUACGAGUCCCACUUUGACUCAGAAGCAGACCACUUGGGUCCUUGCUGCAUCGACCCGGUGGCCCGGGGGUUUGAUACGGGUGUGCGUGCGCUGGAGCGCCCCCUCGAGAAGCGUUGCCGUCUCUGUCGCUACAUGACUGUGCUGUACUACCUCGUCGACACGGAGCAAGGCGGUGGGGUUCUGCAACUCGUUGUCCCACGUUUGAGCUUUGAUUUGAGGUUGAUCUCGCACUGGGAAUCUCAAACCUUCAUGACGUGGUGCGGUGAAUAG